GAGAAAUGUCAGUGUACCGUUGGUAACAAUUUGGUAUAAUAUCUUUAGCACUUGAGCUCUUUGACAGCUUCUGUGCAGCAGGCCUCAUAUGUUUGUUUUGAUACCUGGGAGAAGCGUCAGCGGCUGUUAGCGGUUCUGAGACAGUGCUAUUAAAGGAGUGGCAUAAAAGGUGCUGAUAAGACAUCAGUAAUGGCGGCAGAUAGCAGUUGAGCAUCUUGUGAUUGUGAAGGGAGUGUGUGGGUGCCGGGUGCUAGAGUGGGCUGCAGUGGAAUCUCCGAGCAGUUAGCUGUAGUGCAGUCACUUGCAACGGACAAGACAUUCAUGGUUAAUGCAAGCUAAAUAAGAAGCCAUUGCUGUAGAAUCGGUGCAUAACAACUUAUCUCAAGUGGUUAGCUGAGACCUGUAAAGAGUAUCAUUGUUAGUGUGUGUACCUGAGGCUGCAGAGUAGCUCCAUUCACUUUCGGCUGCAUUCCAGAGAGGAUGAGCUGCUAACUCAUCCCACACUGCGGUCUGUUCUGUAGCAGCGCUUCUGCAGUCGCUUCUCCGUUUUAACAGACAUGAGCCAGCAGACGCUCGCAGACGACGGGUCCGCACUGGCCCACCUGUCCGAGGACGACAUCUCGGCCGCCGUAUCCGGGGACGGCCUCGUGACCGUGACGGCGCCGGGCGUAGCCCCGGCAGACGUAUCCUCUGGUAUCGCCACGCAGGGCGGUGCCGGGGGCGACUCGGGCCCGGACGCGGCGUCCGCUACCGCGGUCGGCGAAGAGAAGGCCGGCGGGUCGCAGCCGGUGGGGACGUCGGGGUCGGCGGCGGACCAGGCGUCGCGGCAGUCGAACCUGCAGCGCAUCCAGAUGCGGAAGCAGCAGGUCUACAACUGGAGCCACAGCAAGAAGAUGCUCAAACUCGCCAUUUACUCCGCUUGCCAGGGUGAAGACUGCAAGUGUAACGGCUGGAAGACGGCAUCUCCCGCAUCCAAGAACCUCCGUGUUGAUGCCCCUCAGCCACUGGCCAACUUUUCAGACCCGUGUCGCAGCUGCAGCCACGCCCUAGAGACCCACGUGAGCCACCUGCAGCCUCCGCUGUCUAUGGAGGAGGUGAACCAGCUGCUGGGCAUGGUGGUGGACGUGGAGAACAUCUUCAUGAGCAUGCACCGCGAGGAGGACGCCGACACCAAACGUGUCUACUACUACCUCUUCAAGCUGCUGCGCAAGUGCAUCCUGACAAUGACGAAGCCAUCGGUGGAGGGUCCCCUCGGACAGCCGCCAUUUGAGCGGCCUAGCAUUGCUAAGGCCAUCACCAACUUCGUACUGUACAAAUUCGGACAUCUGCCACAGAGGGAGUGGCAAACAAUGUACGAUCUGGCCAAGAUGUUCCUGCACUGCUUGAACCACUGGAACUUCGAGACGCCCAGUGUCCGCCGCCACACGGUCACUGCAGAGGAGAUAUCUGCGUACAAAGUCAAUUACACCAGGUGGCUGGUGUUCUGCCACGUGCCGGCAUUCUGUGACUCGCUGCCACACUUCGAGACGACGCUGGUGUUCGGGCGGACGUUGCUGCGUGCCGUGUUCCGCUCGGUGUGCCGCCAGCUGAUGGACAAGUGCCACAGUGAGCGUGACCGCAUGCCACCCGAGAAGAGGGUGCUCGUACUGACACACUUCCCCAGGUUCCUGACGAUGCUGGAGGACGAGAUCUACGCGUCCUCGUCACCCAUCUGGGACCCGGACUUCAAGCAGGCGCCUCCCCCGCACGUGCUGGCUGUGACCGCGUCCAUGGGGGCGGCCACGGCGACGGCCGGACCCGCGGCCGGGGCCGCCGCACCGGGGGCUUCCCCCGCCUCCAACUUUGCUCGCAAGCAGCUGCGCGAGAGUGGGUCUGUCGCCAGCACCGAGAAGCGUGUGGCUCAGGACGAAGCCUCAGGGACACCGAGUGCGAGCGGCGGAGGAAAGCGGCGCAAAACUGCGGCGUCGGCGCUGGCGGCCGCCGCGGGGCAGGAGGCCGGAGGAGACCUGCCGGAGGAGACGGUGGCCGACAUCAUCGCACAGAUCGACCACCCCGGCCACUCCGCAGGCCCCGACGCCGUCUUUCCCGAGAACGCGCCCCGAGACGAGACGGCGAAGCUGGAGGAGGCGCGCGGCAUCAUCAGCUUCCACGUGGUGGGCAACUCGCUGAUGCGGCCCGUCUCCAAGUCGACGAUGCUGUGGCUGGUCGGCCUGCAGAACGUCUUCUCCCACCAGCUCCCGCGCAUGCCCAAGGAGUACAUCUCCAGGCUCGUCUUUGACCCCAAGCACAAGACACUGGCCCUGAUCAAGGACAACCGGCCCAUCGGCGGCAUCUGCUUCCGCAUGUUCCCCGCACAGGGCUUCACGGAGAUCGUGUUUUGUGCCGUCACCAGCAACGAGCAGGUCAAGGGCUAUGGCACGCACCUCAUGAACCACCUCAAGGACUACCACACUGGCCUCGGAAUCCUGCACUUCCUCACUUUUGCUGACGAGUUUGCGAUUGGAUACUUUAAGAAGCAAGGCUUCAGUAAGGACAUAAAGAUGAACCGGGCGCAGUACCAGGGCUACAUCAAGGACUACGAGGGUGCAACCCUGAUGCACUGCGAGCUCAACCCCAAGAUUGCGUACACCGAGUUCUCUGCUGUCGUUCGACGGCAGAAAGAGAUUGUGAAGAAGAUAAUAGAAGCCCGGCAGCAGGAGGUACAGAAGGUACACCCCGGGCUGACGUGCUUCCGUGAGGGUGUGCGCUCCAUCCCUAUUGAGAGCAUCCCGGGCAUCCGCGAAACGGGCUGGCGGCCUGCGGCACGGGCGACACGCGUCUCCCGUGUCACGGAGGAGACGGCCGACCCGGACGCGUUGCACGCCACCCUCAAGAACGUCCUCAAUACGAUUCGCAACCACAGUGCGGCAUGGCCCUUCCUGAAGCCUGUGGACAAACUGGAGGUUCCAGACUACUAUGACCACAUUAAGUACCCUAUGGACCUGAAGACGAUGGGGGACCGGCUGAAGGCGAGGUACUAUACGACGCGGCACCUGUUCGUGGCGGACAUGACGCGCAUCUUCACCAACUGCCGGCUCUACAACAGCCCGGACACGGAGUACUACCGGUGCGCCAACGCCCUCGAGAAGUACUUCCAGACGCGCAUGCGUGAGCUCGGCCUGUGGGACAAAUAGGAGCGGCCCUGCGGCUCGCCAGCCGCCGAGUGAAGGUCGUGACGGACGCCGAGUGCCGGAGUGCUGGACACGUAUCCGAUUCUACGACAGGUCACUCACGAGUCCGGGUCGGCUGCCGUGGCAGCGAGAACUUGAAGUGCGCAAAUGUGGUGGAACAGCCGCUCGCGAAAGGAGAGUGUGUGCGUGCGUCGGGGGAACUUUUGAUUGUGGGGCGCCACGAGUGUAUGUAGGGGUAGCCGAAAUGCUGGAAGUGGUUCCCGGAUGGGGGCGACACAUCUCUAAUGACAAUGCAUUUAGGCUGUCUUCUGCCUCCCCCCCCCUCCUUCUCCCCAAGAUGCCGUUUAAAUACAU